GUUGGUUCAAAGUCACGUCGACAGUUCACCACCCAUUUCUUCUUACGGAGAGGGUCUUUGGGGAACCUGAACAGCUGUUUGCCUAUGCUGGUUGAAUUGGAGCAGUUUGGAGCAGAGCAGCCACCCAUCGCAGAGUUGCGAUAAACAUGGUGUCCUCACUGGUUGUUCCAGUUAUUGAUGUCCAGAAUGAUACCUUCAAAGAGCUUUGGCCUGCUAUGGUAGUGGCCAUUAAAACGUCUUCCUUCGUUGCACUAGACACGGAGCUGAGUGGCCUUGGAAACAGGAAAUCAUUGCUGGCAGAAUCUAUAGAGGACAGAUAUAAAGCCAUAUGCCAUGCAGCUCGCUCUCGCUCCAUCCUCUCCUUGGGAUUCGCCUGUUACAAGAAACUAGACGACAAGGCUGCAGACACGUACCUGGUGCAGGUGUAUAACCUCACCCUGCUGUGUUCAGAGGAGUACAUCAUAGAGCCCCAGUCAGUCCAGUUCCUGGUUCAGCAUGGGUUUGACUUUAACAAGCAGUACGCCCAUGGGAUCCCUUACUGUAAGGGCAAUAAUAAGGCAGAAUUAGACGACCGUGGUGUCCACAUCCGAGCCUUAUUCACUGAACUGCUGCGUGCCAGGAAACCCCUGGUGCUCCACAACGGCCUCAUCGACAUGGCCUUCCUUUACCAGAGUUUUUAUGCACAUCUGCCCGAACGCUUGACCAGCUUCACAGCCGACCUGUCGGAGAUGUUUCCUGCCGGCAUCUAUGACACCAAGUAUGUCACGGAAUUUGAGCUCCGGCUCACUGCCUCCUAUCUGGAAUAUGCCUAUAAGAAGUGUAAGCUGGAUACCAGUCGCAGUGCGACCUCUGGAGGGAAUCAGCCUCACGUUCAGUUAGAGUUCUGUCAGUAUGCCGGUAACAUGUCCAGAUAUGUGGACUACAGAGUGUGUCCAGCUGUGGGCUCUGCUGAGGGACAGACUGACAUCUGCCAGCGCUUCUCUGCCUUUGGCUGGUGUUCAAAUGGCACCCAGUGUCCAUUGUCCCAUGACACUGACCUGAUCGUCCUACAGGACGAGAAAGGCCUGGGAGACAAGAAAAAUAAGAGGAAGAGACGUAAAGAGAAGAAGAGAGGUAGAGGUGAGACAGCAGAGGACUCUUCCAUCUUUGACGGCGCCCCUGAACACAAAAUGCCCAACAUGGAGGUGGAUUCCAAAGAAACCCCAGAUGACCAGUUAGGGACUGAGCCAUGCCCGGAGAGAGGGCCUCUGAUGGACGGGGACAGAAACGCCCUACAGAACGAAGAAGAGGGCAUGAAGGCAGACAGCGAGGGGAACGGAGUGUGUGAAGACAACGCAGACUUCAGAAACCCUGUAACAACGUCCACAACCGAUGACACAAAAACCAAGACAAACGAUGGUGAAGAGUGCAGAACAGGAGACGGAGAAAAGUUAAGUGACCACUCACCUAAGACUGACGAUCAGAAGAAGAAGGCUGACUCAGGAACGCACCGGGCCGGGUUUGACGCCUUUAUGACGGGAUACAUUUUUGCUCACUCAUGUACCCUCAAGAAGGACGGAGCGGGAGCUGUGGAGCAGAAGAAGAAGGCGCAGGAGAAUAAGGAGGUGGAACAGCAGAAGGUGGUGGAGCAGAAAAAGGAGGUGGAACAGCAAAAGGAGGUGGAGCAGAAGAUGGAGGUGGAGCAGCAGCAGAAGAAGGAGGAGCAGCCGUUGCUUCCUACUUGUCUCAAUAAGGUCUACCUCAGCGGCAAGGCGGCUCCUCUCAAUGUGGUUAAAAGCACCUUCUCCAAAUCGUCCAAGGCCCAUGUGCAGAAGAUGGCGAUGGUAUGGGGACAGAGAGUGUAGUGUGCACACCAGCACACAGCAUUAUAGUGUGAACAUCAGGGCUGCAAUUAUUAAGUAUUGUCAUUACCGAUUAAUCCGCCGAUUAUUUUCUAGAUUAAUCUUGUGGGUUAUAAAAUGUAAGGAAACAUGUCCCUCCCAGUCUCUCAACGUCCAAGGACUUUAAAUCUCUUUUUUUUUGUCAGUCAAAAACCCAAAGAUGUUCGCUUUAACAUGAUUAACAAAAAUAGAGAAAAGUAGGAAAUCUCCAUGUUUGAGAGGCUGAAAAAAAGUUGGCUGUUUGUUUUUGGACUAAUGGAUUAUUAGACUUAUCGCUGCAGCUCUAGUAUACAUGUGCAGGUUCACAAUUAGAUGUUCUAGCCAUGCCAGCAGCAGGGCUCUCUGUUCUCUCUGGCUCUAUGGGGAGCAGUGUUGGUCCACGACUUUGGUCGAGAGUAUCCCCUGACUCUUCCUCAAUCACCAUGAGGUUGACAUUUUAGUUUUUUAGUGAAAUAUUUUGACAAUCAUCGGAUAGAUUGUCUUGAAAUUGUGAUCAUGAUCCCUUACUUUUCCUUUAUUGCCAUUAUGAGGUCAAAUUAAUGUAAUUGAACUAUUACAUGCUGAAAGCCAUUAGUAUGACUUUGAUUGUUGAUUUCUGUUGACUCCUUUAAUAAUAAGGGAUUCAGAAGUAAUGGUCAGUUUGUGUUUGUGGAAGAAGCGUUCAGUCUGUCAGAUUAGACGAUCGGAGAUAACUUUUCACUUCUUUUCACUUCUUUUCAUCCAUUUGGGUCUGUUUCACAUGCUCCCAUAUUGUUUUUAUUUCUUUAGCAGUCUUUUUGUAAUGUUUUCACCUACUAAUAAUACUGCAAAUUGAGAAAUAUUAUAAUGGUAUACAUUAUUGUAAUGAAUUGCAGAUGCUCCUGUUUUUGAUUUAGUCAGCUGGUUUUUCUGAAGGUUUCUCUGGAAACAGCCGGGGAGAUUGUGGGAUUGAUUGCAUUAAUCCCACAUUUCAGAUGUUGUGUCAUUACCUGUUUCUGAAGUAACCUGUGGAAAAUAAACUAAUGCUCUUUAACAAUGA